AUGCAUCCUGCUACAAGUCCUUCAAAUGAGGACCAGAUAGGUAUAGAUCACAAACUCGAUUUUUUUCUAGAAAAUGAACCACAAAUUUAUAUUGAAGAUGCGAAAGGUCCUAAUUGCCCUUAUGAUAAGCUUGACGCAAUCCGCGAGCAACAAGAGGAGCUGAUGCGCCUCCAUUUUGAAUUAGAUCAGAAAAUGCAGAGUACGUUUGAGUCGGGUUCGUCUCGCAACAGGCGUCAAGCUCGGUGGUGA